CCGGCCCGGUAAGUUCCUUAACAGCUGAGCCUUUCGGUGACUAAUUCGGGUCGCAUUAAACCCCUUUCAUUUACCGAGAAAAAAAGCUAUUGGAGCUGCGAAAAAAGGUGAAAUGGAUCGACAGUUGCUGGAGAGAAGACCCUCAAUCUUCGUUGUUGGAUCGCCCAACGUUGGCAAACGAACCCUACUUUCACGUACUUACUCUCUCUCUCUCUCUCGCAUCUCGAUCAUUUAUUUAUGAAAUUUUAAUCGGCAUAUGCAUGUUGGAGCUAUCGCAAAUGAUGCUCCUAGACUAGAGAGGAAUUAGAAUUAUGCUGUACAGAUUUUCUGCAAUAUCUUUUGGAUACUCCCGGAGGUGAAUCAUGAUGGCAAAAUGUGUGGGCAAUCUGUUGAACUUUGACUUCAAUUUAGUUUUUACUAUGUAGAGCUCAUUGAUGUAGGAAAACUAGUGACCUUGGAGAUUUGAAAAUGACAGCAGUAUGAAUCUCGGAUUGAUGUGAAGCUGUGAAAGAGCAUUUUCAACGGAGUACUUGGCAACUAUAAAGUUUGAUUGUAGGUAUUUCUUCAUGAAAUUAUGUAGCCACCAGAGGUUUUAGUUUGGUGGAAUUUUGGUUCACUGAUUUGUCGGAGACUGGUCCAAUAGUUAGUUUCAUGUCUUAUCCGAUGAGUGUAUUGCUCCUUUGAGAAAUUGUUUGGUGAAGAAUACCCUUUCUUUAACAUAUAUAGUACCUGGCAUUCUUGCUGCUUCAGCUGCCCUCUCAUGUCCCUGGUUCAAUGGCCAAUGGGGGUGCCAAUUCUUAUGCACUUUUUUUUGGAAGUUUGAAUAUUAUUAUGGUAGUAUGAGUUACUUCCUUGGUUUGAACUGUAAUGGUCAACUGCCUUAUGCUUAUGUUGGGUGCAGGGUUACUUAGUAUAGAUUUUGAAGAUGGUCCCGAUCUGUCGCCUGAGUUAUCUCUCCAUGCAUGGACAAUCAACACCAAGUAUUAUUCAGCAGAUGUUUCGGUGUGGAUGGCUCAUCUUAGUGACACGUUAUCUGUUGCGAGCUCUCCAAUUGUCGAUCGAGCAGUUGCCUUGGUGAUGGUUUUUGACCUUACCGACCUCUCAUCUCUUGCUGCUCUUCAAGAGUGGGUGGCCCGCACGGACAUCCAGAGGUUUGAUAUACUGCUAUGCAUCGGUAACAAGGUGGAUCUUGUUCCCGAUCAUCCAGCUCAUAUGGAGUACAAGAGGCGCUUUAUGAGGCAAGAAGAAUCUCUUCUGGGGUUUACUGAGUAUGGGAUAUCCGAAACUGAAGGAAGUAGUCUGUUGCGAGAAGAAGAGACAAAUUCGGAACUUAAGAGGUCUUGCUUAGAAUGGUGUCUUGACCAUAAUAUCGAAUAUGUUGAGGCUUGUGCAUCCAAUGCUGAUUUUGACAAGUGCCUCUCUGUAGAAGGAGAUUCACAGGGUGUUGAGAGACUUUAUGGGGCGUUGUCUGCUCAUAUGUGGCCUGGAAUGUUGUUAAAAUCUGGUGAUAGAAUAAAUGAACCUUCACUACCCUACCAAGAAGCAGAUUUGUCAGAAGGAGAAUCUGAUGAUUAUGAACCUGAGUAUGAGAAAUUAUCCUCUGGUUCAGCAGAACCAUGGGACGAUGUGAGAUGGAUUUCUGCAGAUGGUUUUGAUUCCGCCUCAGGAACUAAUAUAAACUUAGAAAGAGAGAGUGAAGUUAAAUCAGUUGGAGAAGAAAACCACUCAACCACAUCCCAAUCCAAGCUGGCAGAAGAGAUUGACCAAGAAAAAGCAAGUCUGGUCCAGGAAGCUGAAAUAACGUCAGGGGUAGAUGAGGAUGAUAAAGCUUAUGAUUUUGAGGAUUUGGAGCAGCUGAUGGCUGAGAUUGGUAACAUGCGCAAUGGCCUGAGAUUGAUGCCCGAUUUCCAGAGGAGGGAGAUGGCUGCAAAGCUGGCAAUGAAGAUGGCUGCAAUGUUUGGGGAUAGCAGUGGAGGUGAAGAGGAGGAUUUCCUUGACGAGAGUGAGAAAGUAUAACACCGUCUUUGCAAUUAUUUAGUAACAGCAUUUAAGAACAGGAGUUGUUUUCUCCAAUGUUUGUAACGAUUUUAUGAAUAUCACGUAGUCGAGGGAUGAAUUUUGGAAGAAUGUAUGUGAGUGUGAUGAUGUAGUGUUGCGUAUUUCAAAGUGUUUGCUUGUUCGUAUCUUUUAGUUUUCAAAGCUAUUUUUUGUCUGGAACAACGCCAUUUUUGGUAAUGGAUGUUUCCAUUUCCUACUUUUCUUGGUUAUUAGUGAUAAGGUAGUAUGGGAAAAAAAAGAUUACGUAUUCCAUGGAUC